GCAGAGAUCUUCCUCUCCGUGGACACAGAGGGCAUCUCACACCCUCCUCAGCUGUUUCUGUUCACGCCGCUGCUUCACUCUUGACUCCUGGGUGUUGCCUCCCCCUAAAUACAGUCUCUGGGUCACAGGAAAAAAACACGGGUCUGUCCAUGGCUAUACAAGAAAGAGUCCAGCCCAAGGCCACUCCAUCAUCUCUUCCACUCAGGAUUCUUCUCUCCUCUUCCAGCUUUCCUCACGCUUGCCCAUUUCAUCUCUCAUCUCUCCCUCUCACCUCAUCCUGAUUCAGGAGGAUUCAGUAUUUGUAAGGUUUCUAUUAGUCUACAAAGGGGUUAAAAUCUUCACUUCUGCCUGUCCAGGACUCCCACAGCUGCCAGGCACCUCUCUGCCGCAUCCCCCGCUUCUGGCCGGCUGAGUUGCUAGCACAAUUUCUGUCUCUCUCUCCGGGGGGGGCUGCCCAGACAUCUCAAUUCUCAUCAACCCCUGCAUGUUCUCCUCCACCUCUGCACCUUUUGGGGCUCCCGGCCUCCUCCCUGUCAUGGCCUCCCCCUCCCCCACCCACACGCAGCUGGGCAGGGGAGAGGCCAGACCUACUCACCAACGCCGGAUUCCCAAAGAGGAAGUUCUCUGGGAAUCUCCUGCUUUUAACCCCCGUGUGUUCUCAGAGGCGUAUCCAGAUCCUCAGUGGCCACAUCACAUGCCAAUUUUGAAUUUGGCCACUGAUUGGCCCGACUUAGACCUUUCCAGAAACACAUUUCCAGGCCAAACCACGACACCAAGAAACGAGCAGUAUUAAGCAAUAAAACCUCUUGCUGCUCCAGAAGAGAUGACAAACUCACAAAGCCCCUCCAUGGGCUGCAGCUCAGCUCACUCAGUCUCUUAUCAGUCCCUCUGGUGCUGGAAAUGCCGCGGCCCAGCCCCGGUGGGGCACAGGUGUGAGCUCCUGGUGCUCUUGUGAGUGCUCAGUCCAGAGCAGGUUUAGACAGGUCCAAAGACAAGGAAAGCCAAAAACCACAGUCCAGGGGGAACUUCUCUGCCUCAGCAAGCUCGAACUAACUAAAAGCAAAAGGAGAGCUCUGUCCUGCUGUCUGUCCAUCCGCAGACAACAGAGGAGCAGGAAUGUGGAGGUUCUGAAAUGAGAGAGGUUCUGAAAACAAACUCCAUGUUUCUUCUUCCUCUUUGCUCUCAGAACCAGCCUUAAUGAUACAAAACUUACUUCAGAGGAAUGGGGAUGCGAGCAUCAUGAAGUCACUCCUGAGACCCCUAAACCCCACUCAGCCUGUCUAAGCAGGAGCUGGGAGAGGGAGGAUGUCCAGGACCCAUGGGCCCCUCAGCAGCUCUGAGAAUAGGGACCCCCAUAACCCCAAAGUAAGGACCCUGGAAACAGGGAACUCCUGGGAGAGGUUUUCGACUCCUUCUUGAUUUUUGGAGGUAUUUCUGGCCACCAGACACCCGGUGACUUCUAGAGAUGGAACUGGCCAGCGGGACCUUCAAAACCAAUGCACUCACAUCUUGUUUUUCUCCCAAAUUAGGAUUUCCCAUUCCCAGACCUUAUCUGGAUAGAGGAGAAGGCUGCGAGGAAGCAGAAUAUGCUCCAGGACACUGAGGCAGACAAGGAGCUGAAGAUGGAGAGCAGGGAGGACAAAUCCCCACGGCAGAACCUCAUGGACGAGGCCGUUUUGAGCGGCUCCACAGCACGGGAACCUAAUGGGGCUGAAAAGCCUCGGAGAUCCCUCAGGAGGAGGGGCUCCAAACCCAGCCCAGGAUAUGCUGAGGGAGAAAGACCCAGCCUGUGCCAGGAAGGCAGCCAGAGAUCUGGCCAGAGCUCUGAGGUGGUGGUCAAUGAGCAGCUUAAUGAUGGCAAGAAGACCCACCAGUGCUUGGAAUGUGGGAAGAGUUUUCCGGCGAGCUCCUGCCUGAUCAUCCACCAGAGGAUCCACACCGGGGAACGGCCCUACGAGUGUGGGGAAUGUGGGAAGAGCUUCAGGAUCAGCCACCAACUCACUGCCCACCAGAGGAUCCACACUGGGGAACGGCCCUACGAGUGUGGGGAAUGUGGGAAGAGGUUCCAGACCAGCUCCCACCUGAUCACCCACCGAAGGAUCCACACUGGGGAAUGGCCCCACGAGUGUGGGGAAUGUGGACAGAGGUUCAGGAUCAGCUCCCACCUGAUCGCCCACCAGAGGAUCCACACCGGGGAACGGCCCCACAAGUGUGAGGAAUGUGGGAAGAGCUUCAGGAUCAGCUCCCACCUGAUCGUCCACCAGACGACCCACACCAAUGAACGGCCCUAUAAAUGUGGAGAAUGUGGGAAAGGCUUCAGGAGGAGCUCCAGCCUGAAACUCCACCAGAUGACCCACACUGGGAUACGCCCCUAUGUGUGUGGGGAGUGUGGGAAGGGCUUCCGUGACAGCUCUCGCCUGAUCAUCCACCAGACAAUGCACACUGGGGAAUGCCCCUACACGUGCUUUGAAUGUGGGAAGACCUUCAUUGAGAACUCCAGGCUGAUUAUGCACCAGAGGAUCCACACUGGGGAGAGGCCCUACAAGUGCGGGGAAUGUGGGAAAAGCUUCAGGCAGAGCUCCACCCUAAAUGCCCACCAGAGGAUCCACACUGGGGAGAAGCACUAUGAGUGUCCUGAGUGUGGGGAGAGGUUUCAGAGCAGAUACCGUCUCCUCAAGCAUCAGCAGAUUCACACAGAAUAGAGGCCCUUCUGCUGCCCCGACUGCGGGAGGGGCUUUAAGAGAAACUCCACUCUCAUCACCCACCAUCAGAUCCACGCUGGGGAGAGGCCCUAACAGAGUCCCAAGUGUGGGAAGCGCUUCUCCCAGAACUCUACUGUGACCCAGCACCAAGGGAGGCAGCAGUAAGGGAAGGCCUACAAGUGCCCCGUGUGCGGGAAGAGCUUUGAGCGCUGCUCCAACUCCAUCCCCCACUGGAGGACCCCCAUUGGAUGGUCCACGGUGACCCUCGUUGGGCUGAGACUUGGUGAUCCAUGGUCCUGGUGAUCCAUGUUGGGAAGAAACCUGGCUGGUGAUCUCCACAUCUUCCUGGCUCCCCUUGGGCACUUGGGAUACAGCCAGAGAAAAAUCCAUUGGGAUGCAAACCGAAUUCAGAAUUUCAUAGGGGACAGCACAGUUUUUUACUUUCAACCCCAAAAAAAUCUCACCUUUUGCAUCCAAUCAUUUCUUCAGGUGGCAUCAAGGAAUACUGGAUGGUGUUGGAGGUCUUUUCCAAUCAAAAUCAUUCUAUGAUUCUAAUUCUCUCUGGCCCAUAGGCAUUUUUCACAGCCAAAUGGUGAUUGACUGGAGCAAAAACAAGAUUUUGGAGACAGUGGAGUGGAAAUUCCUCUAGAAAAGGUUCUACUCACCCAGACACAUGGAUACUCAGCCAGCAUGGACAUGUAAAUUCUUUUAUUUUGGCUUUCAUUUUCCUUCAUUUUUCUUCAUCCCUUCACUCAAAC